ACUCUUAGCAUCUCCAUUUAUAUACAGUGCGCUUCCAAGUGUUGACACUUUGCGGCACACCUGCAGAAAACAAUGGCGAAAAAUGGACAACUUUGGGAUGAUUCAGCUCUUGUUAAAGCCCUUGAUGACGCUAUUUCCAAAUAUAAGAUAAUGCAUGACAAAGGAGGUGACAACGGUUCUCUAAAGGAAGAAGGAAUCACAAAAGAUACAGAAGAAAGUUCACCAAAAAGCAAUGAAGCUAAAAGUUCAUAUAUGGAGACAGAUAACAUCACACUAACUGAAAAGUGUACUUCUGAAGUCGUUGCGCAACACACGAUUCCAUCAAACGGAGAUCAGGUUCAAGAUUCAUAUUAUAGUAACGUGAAUACAGAAAGUGUAGAACAAUAUAAUCUUCUACUCAACCAAUACAAUGCCGUUGAGGAACAACGGCAAAAACUUUUACAACAGCUUUACCAAUAUGGCAAUUGGGACGCACAAGGUUACAGUUACGACUAUGGUGCUGGUUAUGAUUCUCAAUACCAUACCGUGUCUGCACCCCAAACUUCUGGCCCGCCUGCGUGUACUUGUCGUCCCUAUGUGUGUCCAUACUCGACCUCAUCUGCUCAUAAUGGAAAUUCAGCUCCUGUAGAAGAUGACGGUUUUAUUAAAGCAGCAAAGGGAGCGGUGGAUAAAGCUAUCCGUUCAUUUGAUAAAGAGGGAAAGCAAGAGCAAGAAGGAGAGACGACGUCUCAGACGGAUCUUUCGGCUGUCUUAAAUGCUUGGUUUUCUGCGGGUUUUUAUACCGGCAAGUAUCUCUCAGAGCAGGCUUCUGCAAAGAAAUGAUGAUGUCUCGAUAUGUAAAUCCAACUCGGGAUCUUGUUUGGAAUUAUAUAUAAGCUUUCUUGAUUAAGAAGUUAUAAAGAAGAUUGUUAAUCAAGCUAUGACAUAGCUUCAAUAUAGUUAAAUGGUGCAGGUUGCAGUAAACAAUGAAGGUACUUAUUGAGCAUCAUCUGUUUGUGUACAUUAUCCCUUAUGAUUAAAGUUUUGUGCACUUAAAUAUGUGUUAUGGGUCC